AUGGGUAAAUCGCAGUCCAAACUAUCGCCCAGCCAGCUCGAAGAGCUUCAAAGAUCAACACAUUUUGACAAGAAGGAGCUCCAACAGUGGUAUAAAGGCUUCCUCAAAGACUGCCCGUCCGGCACCCUUACAAAAGAAGAAUUCCAGAAGAUAUACCGGCAGUUUUUCCCCUUUGGCGACCCUUCGUCGUUUGCCAAUUAUGUCUUCCGUGUGUUUGACGCAGACGGAAGCGGUAUGAUCGACUUUAAAGAGUUCAUCUGUGCCCUCUCCGUCACGUCAAGGGGUAAGAUGGAGGAUAAACUCGACUGGGCGUUCCAGUUAUACGACAUCGAUGGAGAUGGCAAGAUCAGCUACGAAGAGAUGCUCGCUAUCGUCGAGGCUAUUUAUAAAAUGGUUGGCUCCAUGGUCAAGCUCCCUGAGGACGAAGACACUCCUGAAAAACGGGUACAGAAAAUAUUCCGGAUGAUGGACAAGGAUGAGAAUGGAAGCUUGGAUAUCAGCGAGUUCAAGGAAGGAAGCAAGCGAGACGAGACUAUAGUUAGUGCUCUAUCCUUGUACGAUGGCUUAGUAUAG